GUUACAACUAAAUCAUCGGACAAUGUGAAACAUGAGCAAAUUAAGAUUGUCACAAGGCCAAGGCCUGGUAAAGAAUCCUUAAAUGAAACCAAUGAGAUUAAAUGUUGUCCUGUGACAAACAUGGAAGAGAGGAAGGAAGAGUACGACAGGGCACGAGCUCGAUUUUUUAGUAGUCCGAGUAGUAGUCUUGAGUUGGUACACACAACGUCUUGA